AUGCGCUCUGCGCUCGAACGCUGGACCAAAGCACGUGAUGAAGGCAAGGUGGUGCACGCCAUCUACAUCUACUUCAAAAAGGCUUUCAACAGCGUUCCUCAUCAAAAUCUUUUAUACAAACUGCGCAACUCUGGAAUUCGUGGACGCCUUCUUGUAUGGAUCCAGAUCUUUUUGGCUGGACGGUCCGAAAGAGUGCAGGUCGGGCGUCAACAGUCCUCAGAUGUAAGCGUGGUGAGUGGCGUGCCACAGGGAUCAGUCUUAGGUCCCACGUUAUUCCUCGUUUUCAUAAAUGACUGCGUCAAGGACCUAGACUGUGAUGCCAUCCUGUUUGCCGACGACAUAAAACUGUGGAAAGUUAUUCACAAUGCGGCAGACGCAGACCACCUUCAAGCAAACUUGAACAGGCUCAAAGACUGGUCGAAGCGCUGGCUUAUGCCCUUCAACAUAAGCAUGUGCAACUUUCUUCAACUCGACAGCUUCAGAGACCCCAGCUGCAGCAUCUACUUUCUACACGGCACACCACUACAACAGGUUGACAGUCAGAAGGACCUGGGUGUGUGGAUUACAUCUUCACUCAAACCAACACUGCACUGCGCGAAGGCUGCUUAUUCGUCUACGGCCACAUUGCAACUCACUAGGCCAGCAUUUAUGGGAUCUGACCCUGACUGA